AUUGAAUGCUGCAUAUUGGUCUGUCGCUGUUUCUAAUAAUGAGUAUCGAGAAAUUAAGGGAGGUGCAGUUGGUAAAUAUUCCGUGGCAAUAGUGGAACGACAAAUAGAGUAUCUAAUCAAAAGAAUCAUCAAUUCCAUUGCGCCGAGACGCCUGGCCAAGAUAUGA